AACGUGGACGGGCUGAACUCUCCUCAGUGAGUGGACGGACUCACAGCCUGCUGGAUCUCCUCUGGUUCCACUCAGAACCUCCAGUGAUCCGGUUCCACUGAGUGGAGAACAUUGUGGUUCUGAUACGAGAUUAGCGCCUCUUCACCGGACACAAAAACUUCCAGGACCCGCGGAGGACAUGCGGGGCUGCGUGGCUUUGUUGGGCGCCUUUGCAGCCCUCUCGGCCGGCUUCUGGAGCUCCGUGGCCGCGGUGCGGAGCUCCGCCGCGUCCCCGGUGCAGGACGCUGCGGCCGCGGGGAACAGCUCCGCGGAGCCCCGGGGGGAGAGCUCCGGGGACGGGGAGCGGGCAGCGGGGCGCAGCAGCUGUCCUGGCCGCUGCCGGUGCGAGGUGUCCGGGCUGCUGCACCGGGUGGACUGCUCGGAUCUGGGGCUCCGGGAGAUCCCGGCCAACCUGAGCGUCUUCACCUCCUACCUUGACCUCAGCAUGAAUAAUCUGACUGUGAUGUCCAGCCGAGCUCUGAGCAACCUGCACUUCCUGGAGGAGCUGCGUUUGGCAGGGAACGAUCUGUCCUCCAUCCCCAGAGGAGCAUUCUCUGGCCUCUACAACCUCAAAGUGCUGAUGCUCCAGAACAACCAGCUGAGGUCCGUUCCUGCCGAGGCCUUCAACAACCUCCACAACCUGCAGUCACUACGUCUGGACGCCAACCACAUCUCCAGCAUUCCCGUUGGCUGUUUCUCCGGCCUGCGUUCGCUCCGUCACCUCUGGUUGGACGAUAAUUCUCUGACGGAGGUCCCGGUAGAGGCCCUGAGCGAGCUGCCGGCCCUCCAGGCCAUGACGCUGGCCCUCAACCACAUCGGCCACGUCCCCGACCACGCCUUCAGCCAGCUGGGCCGCCUGGUGGUGCUGCAUCUCAACAACAAUAGGAUCGUUUCCAUGGGAACCAGCUGCUUCCACGGACUCCACAGUCUGGAGACGCUGGAUUUGAACUACAACAGUCUGGUGGAGUUUCCUACAGCGAUCCGAUCCCUGAGUCACCUCAAGGAGCUCGGUUUCCAUAGCAACAACAUCCAGUCCAUCCCAGAACACGCCUUCACCGGAAACCCAUCACUGAUCACAAUAUUUUUCUAUGACAAUCCGAUCCAGUACGUUGGACGUUCGGCUUUUCAGGAUCUACCAGAGCUUCGGACGCUAUCUCUGAACGGAGCCGCAGAACUCACCGAGUUUCCAGAUCUGACGGGAACCAGGAGACUGGAGAGUCUAACCAUCACCGGAGCUCAGAUCACUUCUUUACCCGCUUCGGUUUGUGAGCAGCUUCCAAACCUGCAGCUGCUGGAUCUCUCCUAUAAUCACAUCCAGACUCUUCCCAGCUUCUCCGGCUGUGAGCGAAUCCAGAAGAUCGACCUGCAUCAUAAUGAGAUCGAGGACGUCGAGGAAAACACCUUCACUGGUCUGAUGUCACUGCGUUCGCUUGAUUUAUCCUGGAACAGGUUGUCAUCGGUGAAGCCGAACUCCUUCUCUGCUCUUCCUGCUUUAAACAAACUCGACCUGUCGUCCAAUCAGCUGUCGUCUCUGCCUCUGAUUGGUCUACAGAGUCUAACUCACCUGCGAUUGGCCGGAAAUGAUCAGCUGAUGGAGCUGAUUCCUCGGGAGGAGCUUCCCAGAGUCAGGGUGAUGGAGCUUCCUUACGCCUUUCAGUGCUGUGCCUUCGUCUCCUGUGAGAGAAGAAGUUCGUCCUGGGAACGAGACGAAGCCGAAUCAGCUGGAAGAGACGCCUUCAGUCAAGUGGAUCAGGACUGGGAGGAUUUUCUGAUGGAAUUUGAGGACGAACCCAAACUUCAACACUCAGUUCACUGCAGCCCGACACCAGGUCCGUUCCGUCCCUGCCUUCAUCUGCUCGGCAGCUGGAUGAUCCGGGGCGGGGUUUGGCUCAUCGCUGCCAUCUCAUUGGUCAGCAACAGCCUGGUCGUCCUGUCCGUCUUCUUCUCUCCGGCCGCCUUGGUCACGCCCCCCAAGCUGCUGAUUGGCCUGCUGGCUCUGGUGAACGGCCUGAUGGGAGUCUGGAGCGGCUGGUUGGCGGCGGUGGACGCCUGGACGUUCGGCAGCUUCUGGAGAUAUGGAGCGAAGUGGGAGAGCAGCUUCCUGUGUCGACUCAGCGGCUUCUUGUGUGUUUUUGCGUCGCAGACCGGCCUCUUCCUGCUGACCGUCACAGCUCUGCAGCGAUGCAUGGCGGCCGACGCACGACGCAACAAAACUGACAGGAGCAGCGGUGGAUCUUGGUCACUGCUGUCCGUCCGUCUGUUCGUCUGUCUGUGCUUCCUGCUUGGCCUCGCCGUCACGCUGCCCCCCCUGCUGGCCGGACACAGCAGCACCUCCCUCUGCCUGCCGAUGCCUUCAUCCUCCUCCUCGUCCUCGCUGGUCAUCUCCGUCUCCCUGGUUCUCUUCGACUCACUGUGCUUCCUCGUCAUGACGCUCGCCUACACUCACCUCUACUGCCGGGCCAACAAGACUCCGCCCGGCUCAGAGGAGGAGGCAGCGUUGACCCGACACGUCGCCUGGCUGCUGUUCUCCGACUGCCUCCUCUACCUCCCCGUCGCCUUCCUCUCCUUCUCCUCCCUGCUGAGGCUUCCUGCCGCCGGGCCGGAGGCGGCGAAGGGCGUCCUGCUGCUGGUGGCGCCGCUGCCGGCCUGCGUCAACCCGCUGCUCUACCUGCUCUUCAACCCGCUCGCCAGGGAGGAGCUGGCGACGCUGGCCAAACGCACCUGUGGGGCUUUAGCGCUACCGAAGCUCCGCCGAGGAGGAGGAGCUGGAGGAGGAAGGUCGAGGCCGAGCGCGAUGGAUUCGACGUACGACGAGGACGCUGAGAAACAGUCAUGUGACUCAACCCAGGCACUGGUGGUUGUAAAAGAGGAAGAGGAGGAAGUGGGAAGAGGAAGCAGCGAGACGCAACAUUCAGUGGUGUUUGUUGCUCCACAACACUGAACAAACACAAACAUGGAGGGUUUAAAGUCUCACCUGACAAACACCAAACAUCUGAAAACUGUCCCACCCUCUGAGAAGUAAUUCAAGGACCCAUUCUGACCUACGAAUUGGAUGAACAGCUGCAAAUAGGGACGUCCUGAUCAGGUUAUUUUGCCCCUGAUUCGGUCUUUUCAUGCUUAUUAUCUGCUGGGUUCCAAUUCAAAACCAUUCUCCUCAAAGAUGCAGACUUCACAUAUAUCAACGUUAUUAAAUCUCCUGUUGUCCUCGUUUACGGGCACCAAAAAUAUAGUUUGGUUGUCUGAAAAAAAUGCAAUAAUUCAGCAAAAAAAUUCCCCAAAUUACUGAAAAUUUGCAAAACCUUUAGAAAGAAAAUUCCAAUAAUUCCUUGAAAGUUUCCCUUAAAAAUUUUAUUAAAAAAAAAAAAAAUCCCCCAAAUUUGGCAAGAAAGUUCUUGUAAAUAUUUUCCAAAAAUGAGUAAAAAUCUUCCAAUAAAAAUUGUAAAAUAUCUAAAGUGAUUCCAUAUAUAUCAGUAAAACUUCUAAUAUUUUCUUUAAGAACAUUUAGAAAAAAAUCAACCAAAAUCCAAUGAAACUCGUGGGAUUUUGGUAGAUUUUUUGUGAAUGUUCUUAAAGAAACAUUUUUAAAACGCCUUUUUUUCCACCAAAAAUUGUGCAAAGAUUUCCCAAAAAUGUUGAAAAUGUGGACAUCAGAAGUUUCACUAUGAAAAUAUAUUUUUUUCCACAUUUUCAAACUUUAAAACGGGUCAAUUUUGACCCGCAGGGCGACACGAGGGUUAAAAUCAAUCCACUGUAUCUGCAUUACAACUAAAUAGUUCUGCAAUGCAUCAAGAAAACUAUCGUAUUUAUGCCUCGGGUCUGUAACUGAAUGUUCUAUAAAUGAUCAGGAACCUUGUUAAGUUAGAGGGUAAAUGCAGUAUUAGAGGGUAAAUGUAGGUUGACAAAGACUUCUGUGGUGGUUAAUGACCUCCAACCAGAGCUCCCAUUUUUAAGACAAACUGGGAUUGACUACGACAGUAUUAGUGGCUCGUAAAGGAGCACCAUGACAAAGACUUCUUCUAUACUUAAUGUCUUCCAUUCCAUUCCCAAACUGAGGUUAACUGGCAUAGUGUUCUGAUAACCUAAUGACAUAUUUUAUUUGUUCUGCAUGCUACAAUUAGUCAAAAUUAGUCAACCAAUGGAAUCAAAACUGAAUAUUCGGGAUGUCCUCGUUUGAUCGCAAAGAUCAUGAUUGGAGUCGACUGAGGCAUUUUUUAAUGGUACCUUGACCCAGUUCUGUGUUUAUGUCCAUGGUCACAUAGGUGUCAUUGAGAGAGAGUACAAUCUGUGGUAGGAUGCUGGUGAUGCUAAUUUAGAUUAAGUCUCUACUCAGUAAUUGCAGUGCUAAUGUUCACUACCAACUAAAUGAUACCAUAAAACUGAUCACACAGAGCACUUUCCCUGUGAUGAUACUGAUGUCAUCAACAAACUCAAGAUUUGGGUCACUAAACUGCCUCCAUUUCAUCUGAGUGGAAUUCUGUUUUGGUUGAUUCUGGCUCAUUCUGAACCUAUGAGAUCUGAUUGGAGGUCCUUAACCUCCACUGAAGUCUUUGUCAUGGUGCCCGUUUACUAGCUAAUCAUCCACAAUGCUCUCCCGAAGUGAUUCUUGAUUCCAUUGGUUGACUAAUUUUGACUAAUUUUAGCAUUUAGGACAAAUAAGAUGUGUCAAUCCCAGUUUGAUGGAGGACAUUAAGCAUCGCAGAAGUCUUUGACGUGGUGCUCCUUUGCUAUCCAAAAACACUGUUCUAGUCAAUCCGAGUUAGUCUUAAACACAUUAGCUCUGGUCGGAGGUCAUUAACCACCACAGAAGUCUUUGUCAUGAUGCCCAUUGCUAGCUAAUGGGCACCAAUGCUCUCUACUUCAACAUGAACUGUAGUCUGAGUGAUGCCUCCUCUGGCUCUACAGUGUUAAACAGGAAGAGGCUCCACCUUGUGGAACAACCAGGAACUACAGCUGAUCUAUACAGGUGGUCCUCGGUUUACAACAUCCUCGACCUACAGCGUUUCGUUGUUACAUUGGAACUGGUUCCUUGGAACUAGUUGGCGAGCGGAGCGGACAAAUAUGUCGUCCCGUGGUGCUAUAAGACGGCUUUGUUUACAUUCGCCGGUUGUAUGCCACCUUGGAUCACGCUACAUUCGCUAACUUGUAACUUGUAAAAUGAUUCAUACAUGCACAAAAGUCGUUGGUAUUCAUGACCUUUCCGAAGAACUGAUCGAUAUCGUGAUGCACAUAAUGGCUUUGUUUACAUUUUCACCGGAGUUCCGACUAACAUAAUUCAACUUAUGUAGAUCCGUAGGAACGGAACUCCGACGUAAAUCGAGGACCCCCUGUAUUAAGGAAUGGCUUGGUUUCUAAAAUGCUUUGUUUUUUCUAAAUUCAUUACACAGCUGUCAAGCAUAUACACUGGAUUGAUUUUAGUAACUUUAUUGUACUUGAAGUGUGUAUUAUUGAGAAAUAUGGUGUUUGAUUGGGACUUCAUAGUGGCAGAAACUAAAUAUUCAGUGAUUUGGACUGGAUUGGGUGCAAUAAACCUUGAUUGCAACAUCUCUACUAAAUAUUUAGUCAUUGGUCAGGCAUUUAAAUACGUUCACAAAGCUGCCAAAAUGCAAACUGAGGCAACGCUGCUGCCUGUAGGGGGCGCUAAUGAGGCUUUAGUGUUCUCUAAACUUUACCAGCCUUUGCCAAGUGAGACAAAACCUACACAAACACACACACAUAUAUAGAUAUAUAUAGAAAAGACAGCAGACUGACUGAUGGGAUUGUGAGGCAGCAAAUGUAGCAGAAGAUGGUGAAACAAAAGCACAAGAAGUCGCUCAUCAUGAACUCACCGGCAGUUUGAGUCCAGCUUUCUCUUCUCGUUCACCUUUGUCCCUCUGCCAUCUUUUAUUAUUUCUUCUUCUGCAGCAAAAGUCGAUGGAAACCAGAAGGUUGUAAAUCCAGCAGCUUUUAUUUUGAAACACAGUUUACAGCACUGUGUUACCAAACGGUGACUGGCCAUGUUUUCACGAGUCGGUGUGGAAACUGCAGCGUCCGUGCGAGUGUCGUCACCGAGUCGAUGCCGUACGCAAGAAUCAGGACAAACAGGAUUACAGAGCAGCUGCAGCUUGUGUUCAACAGCUGGAAGAGGAAAAAAAGCAGAACUGUUCCUUUAAACUAACACCGUUUCCUUAAAGUCGACUCAAACUUUUGGACUUCCUUUGACGCUAAUCAUGAAAACACCAAAACAAGAGUACAUUCUCUGAACUCUAUUACAGGGUGAUUCUGGUAUUUUUAAAUCUGGUGUCUGUUUUCACGUAUUUUUUGGUGUAAAUGAUGAAACUGGUCCAAUAUUCAUCAAGAAUUCUGUAACCUACAAACAGCGUACAGAUGUAGCAGGCCAGAUUAACCCCCGGCCAAAGUAUACCCAAAGUAUCCCCUGGUGUUCUUUGGGUAUUCUUUGGUUAUUCUUUGGGUAUUCUUUGGGUAUUCUUUGAGUAUUCUUUGGGUAUUCUUUGGUCAGGGGUUAAUCUGCCUGUUACAUCAGCUUAUUGAGGAAACUUGAGUCUUCUCUGAAGUGUUUUAGAGUUCGACUGUUGGACAAAGAAAACACAAGUUUGUUCAAAUCCGCAAAACUAACUCACUUUACACAAAAGACCCCCCAUAUGUGACUGUAUACGUUUGUGUAUACAGUAAAGUGUGUACUUGUUGUAAAUACAGGCUACUGUGACAAUCCUACUUUACUUUUUGUGUAGACUGUGAGGAAUCUUUGCCAUUUGUAAUGUUUGUAAGGCUUCUGUCCUUUCACUUCCCGUUAUUUGUUUCGGUCAGUUAAGCGAUAGAUUCCAGAUGUUCCACUCUCCAGGUAACCUUUAGGGUUCCCGAGGUGUUCUCAAACCUGCUAAAGGUUCAAGAAAUCCAAAGUUCCACAACAGUCCUGUCCAAUACCUGCAUCGAUUUCACCCGUAGAUCCAAGUACAUAAAGUCCUUUGGUUAGGGCGAUAACAAUCUUUCUCGAAGCCUAAAAUCGACCAUAGAUGUUCUUCAAAGUGUGUUCAAGACAUAGACUUUACAUAAAAGAUGGACUUAAAGACUUUGACAUACCAAACUGGUUUUUGGAUUACUGUUUUCAACUAUUUGAAAUUUGGUAUUUUGGUCUUUUGAAACUGGACACAACAACCAAGGGUGGACACUUCAUUCGCCCUAAAACAUACGUCCUUUGUCAUCUAUUUUCCCCUAAAUGGCACCAUAAUUUGCACAUAAACACCGUGUUGUUCUAAAGGAGACUUGAAACUAGCAAUUGAGACCAUAAACUGAACAGGAAAUUGUUCACUGAGGUGACAAAUCAAGGAAGAAGUCAGCUCAUUUCUCAUAGACUUCUACACAAUCAGGCUUCCUCCUACAACUAGAAGUUGCCCCCUGCUGGUGGUGAGAAAGAAUGCAGGGUGAAGUUACUUCCUCGAUGCUACGUCCAUCUUUUAUAUACAAUCUAUCGGCCCAUUUUCCACUGCAGGAACUUGAAGGCCUGAACUUUCAACAUGUUCUGACAGUAAGAACCUCUGUAGAACCUAUUUCAGGAUCGUUUUCAGGGGUAAUAAGUUCGUACUCGAGGGUAAACUGGGAGAGGACAACAAGGACCAUUUGUUCCACCCUCUUGAUGUCCUUGUUAAUCUUUUAUAUACCAUCUAUGGUGAGAAGUAGGAUCCUCUUUCAAACUUCUACUCAAUUUGACUACUUUUUACAACCAGAAGAGUUGCCCCCUGGUGGCUGCAUCCAACCUUUAUAUUCAGUCUUUGGUUCAGGAACCCCGUUAUGGACGACUGGUUUCUAUUUUACCCUAAAACUUUCCCAGUCAGGGGCCACCAUGCCUCACAUCAUGAUGCUGCCACCACCAUGUCUGAAACUUAAGUCUCGGUCCAUGCGACAGGGAAAAGACUUGACCAAGACAUGUUCUCCAAUGUAUAGUCUUCUUGUUGUGGUGCUCAUUACUGCCCCCUGAGGCUGGAUGGUACAAGGGGUCACCAUGAGACCAAUGUACACUCAAAGUAAGGGCAGAUUUAUGCUUUAUCGUACGAACAAAAUUAUUUGGGAACUGUCCUUCCACGUUUUAUCAUCUGACAGGAACGUUUCUCAAACAUCUUCUGAGUCAUCAGAUUUACCUCCAUUUUAGCUUUUUCAAUCAAUCCGAUUGAUCUACGAUGCUUAAAUGAUUCAGUGAAGGUGGUGUUUAUGAUAAUGCUGUAGGUGUUUUGAUUUGUUGUUUUUUUUUACUACAAACUGUAAAAAUUAGAAGUUCAGCAUGUGUCUGAAAGUUUCAUGAAACUGCAUGAGCUUGGAAAAAAGAAAAAAAAACGUAAAUCUGCCUACGGAAAACAUGAACUUGUCAUUUUGUCAAAACGUUUUAAACAGUUCAACUGUAUCGCAUCAACAAGCUUAAAAAAUAAGUAGGCGGAGUCUUUGUUGCUCCGCCCACACCUAAAGCCAUGGCAACAGAACAAAAAAACAAAAAAAAGUAAAAACUAAAAGCAUGACUGUGUGAAUGUGGGCAUGUGGCAGUGUGACUGCUGCACCUUUCUGUGAUCAGCACUUAAAAUGUUUUAAAAAAAACUAAAAGCUUCGUUAAAACCUGAAAGGUUCAAACUUUGUCUCCUGUUGUAAACUUUUGUAAAAUAUCUGAGUGAAGUCGUUUUAGUUUGUAAAAUUCAGAGUGAAUUUUUAGUUUGUGACAAAUAAAACAAUGUGGUUGAAACUGA